UUCUGUUAUAAAGAAGUGUGUAGAGUGUAGAGCUAUAUGAUAGUAUAUCAGUAUACCAAAAGUGUACACGAUUUGAGACUAGAUCAACAUGGCAAAAUCUAAGAAAAAAAGACAGCAAGACUUUCAGAAGGUAAAAUUGAAAGUAGGCAAAAAACUUCCAAAAGGAGACAAUGUGACAAAUCUAAGCUUCAAAACAAGGCAAAUAAAAUUUACACAGAAGAUCAAAGUUAGUGAUGGAAAAACAGCAGUGACUAGAAAUAACUUGGGAAUUCUGGACUUACUCCGUCAGUGUGACCAUCACAGCAGUACAGUCAGGGUAAAUGCACUUUGUGGACUGAAGGAGCUUUGGCUCAACCAUCAUGUGGAUCUUUUAGUGUCUUCCAAUGUGAAUGGAUAUGCUAGCAUUCUCAAGAAACUUUCUACUCUUCUAAUUGACAAUGAAUCAGUUGUACGGCAUUCAGUCAUCAACCUAUUCAAACUGAUUUUAGCCAAAUUGUCCCCAAAGUCACCAACAAGUCAGCAUACUCAUAGCCUGGGUGGAAGUCUGUUCACAUAUAUCCAUACAUACUUAUGCUGUGCCAUGAACCACAUACAUGAGGACAUUAAGCUUGAUGCUCUUCUUUUGUUUGAUGCCCUCUUGGAUACUUUCCCUGCUCUAAUGAUACAACAGACAGGAGAUUUAUUGAAGAACUUGGUAGGCUUGAUCUCUGCACCAGCCUACAUAGGAAGUAAAGCCUGCCCCACUACACAAAAACUUAGCCUGAACCCCGAUAGCAAAUUGCCAGCAAUGAAGUACCGAGCUAAAGUACUUCAAAGAAUAAAAAGAACUUUUAUGGAAGCCUUAAAAGAUGAAUUUAAGAAUCAUCAUAGUAAUCCAGAAACUGUUAUUUGUUCCAAAUGGUGUCUUACUAAUCCAAAACAAAAACAAAAUUCACGCCUGGUACCUAAACAAGCAGAAAGAAAAUUUUCUACAUUAUUUUUUGGAGGAAGCCAUGAGUUAGAUGAUUAUAUAACCAAUCCUUCAAGUCUUGAGACCUUUGUAAAGAUGGCCAUACCUGUGUUAUUACAAUGUUGGAAAGAAGCUUGGGCAAGCAUUGAUGAACACUCAACUUCUGAUGUCCUCCUUCCUGCAGACUCCUUAGAAGUGAUGUCCCUUGUGACCUCAAUUAUACAGUUGAUGUUUGUACUAUGUUUCACUAGUCAAAAAAGUGAUGAAGCUGCUCGCGACUUGAAAUUCCAAAUGGUAUCACCUGAGAUGCUGGUUAUGAAUUAUCUUCAAGAUUUUGACAAAAUAUUUAUGAGUAGUUUCCCUUAUACCGCACAAGUUUUUCCUGAACUUUCCAGGAAAAGGAAAAAAAACAAAAUUCUUCAACAGACAAACAACAAUGAGUCAACACAGUUAUCACUGAAUUUGUCCUUGUGUGACCUAAUGUGUGGUCUAUAUACUGAUGUCACUCUCAGGCCUGGCAAGUCAUUGUUCAAAAUCAGAGACUACAUCCAAAGAGUUUUCAAAAAAUCACUGAGCACUGAGAACAGCAAAGUUGUAGUCAGAGUUUUGACCAAUGUAUUUUGUAAUCCUCAUUCAGCCAGCUACUUUGUUUCUUGUUAUAGAGCAGCUCUGAAACAUUAUCUCUCCUGCUCUGGGGAAACAUCUCACAAGAAUAUAUUCUACAAACUGUUUUCAUUUAUGAGUCGCACUUGGGAUGGAUGGGAGAUGGAAACAGCAGGACCACAGCCUGUUCAUAGUUAUGAAAGAAAUAAAGAUAUUCAGGCUAUCAUAACUGAUUUCUAUGAAAGUCUGCCUUCACUUUUAAGAGAUGUGAUAAAAAAUGGCAAUCAAGAAUGGACACUGGAGAUCUUCACUUUACUCAAUCAUUGCUGUACCCAGAAUUGUCUAGCUUCCCUCAGAAAAAGUUUGAUGAACAAAGUCUCAGAAACUUUAGAUUUUCAAGGCACUCUUUUAAAAUGUGAUAACCAGCAUAUUCAAAAUCAGUUGUUCUUUCUUAUCUCCAUUGGAAUUCCUUUAUCAAGAGACCUCCUGAAACAGAUUUUGUAUUGCAUGAGAAGACCUGUUGAAAAACCAGUGCUGCAGCAACACAGUGUUGUGAGCCAUCUUAUUUACUGUGUAAUUUUAAACAUAAGAGAAUUGGUACCUCUCAAAGAUCAAGUGGAGUUUAAUCAAAUGAGCCAGCUGCAACACAGUCAACUUUCAGAUCACUUGAGGUUUUUAUUCUCACUACAAAUAGGAUUUGUUUCCGAAGAACUUGAAGUCAUCUCCCCUGCUGAUUCUGUUCAGCACAAGACAGACAUUUUGUGUGUGGACUUUGAAGUUCAAGGUGACCAGUGGGCAAGACAUGUGGCCAUAGCUCAAGUGGUAGCUAAAGAACUGGCCAAUACCUUUCUUCCUGCCUGUCCAGACAAAGGCUAUGUACAAGUGUUUUCUUUUUUAGGCAACAUUGAGCAACUCUGGAAGCAAACAUUUAUGACUAGAUCAAAGCUUCAUGUGCUGACAGUGGUUAGUCUUCUCAAAUUAUUUUAUGAAACUUCAUUUCAACAUGUUCCAGUCAAGCUAAGUGCAGAGUUUUAUGAUUUUGGCUCCAUAGUCCUCACCUCUACAAUGUUUGCACUUUUCAAUAAGGAGCAACCUAUCAGUCAGGAUGUAAGUCAACAGGUUAAAUCUGAGUUGAGCCUUUGUCUCAAUCAGGACAAAGUUUUAUUCACACAUGUGUCAGAAAAGUUACACAAAAAUGUUGAAGGUAGUAGAAUCUUGUUUAUGUUGACUUGAUGUAAGAGUUCUACUGGCAAGUGUUGCUAUCUGUUGUCUGAAAGUCCUGACAGUCAAAGCAAGAACUGUGCAGUAAAUGGGUAAUAAGUGGGUUCACAUUUUUAACAUAAUUUGACCAUUAAUAUAUCAAGAUUCAGUAAUGUUCACUUAGGUGGAAAGUAUAAUUAAGAUAUUAUUAGGAAUAGCAGACCAAUGGUUGUACUAAAUCUUGUUAACUAGUAAACUUUUUCAUAAUAAAACACUUGAUCACAAUGGACAUGACCAGAGAAAGUUUUUCAUUGGUAUUUGGACCUUUAAGUAUUUUGGCUUUUAUAGCCUUGCUUUGUUGCAGUUGAUUAUUCUUUGUUGAUUUCUGUCAACAACAGUGUGAUAGUCCGCUGUUAUUUCUGGUCCAUUUAUAAUCAAUGAACAUUUUUGAGUGGUAUGAUCUGCUACUUUGUCAACAGCUGAUGAAUAUUUACAAACUCAAAACUAGAAUUUUAAAGGCUCCAUAUUUUUUACUGAUAGGACCUUUAGAGAUGAAUAAACUUUAUUUUAGGAAUACUUUUAUCGCCAUUUUACCUCUGAGUUUUACAAUAUCUCAUCUUAUCUCUGCCUGUUGUCCUGUCUGGGGUAUGGGCCACCAACCAACUUCCUCCAGGCAUCUCGGUUCUGUGUGAGUCUUACAAUAUGUUUUUUUUAAUUAGUUCAAGUGAAAAAUGUCUUAAAAUGAACUAUUCAAGAUAAUGUAUUUUUUAAUACAUCUAUAUAAUGCUAUGUCUUGUCUUUUUUUUGUAUUAUGUUUUUAUUAUGUUACAAACUUUAUUGUUUUGUAGGACCAUGUGUUGAAAUAUGGUACAGAUCAUUUCUGUAUCUGUAUUGGUUAUUUAAAAUUGUCUGAAUAAUUUUAAUGUUAAUUUUAAAUGUAUUACAAAUAACUUCAAAGUAUUAUCAAUAAAGAUUGAUGGUUCAA